UUGGAGAGGAGGUGUUUUUAGAGGCAAUGCCGUUUGAGCUCCCCUCACGACUAGUGAAAGUGGUAACUAGGAAAGCAUGACUAACUAGUUGUGGAAAUUAUGGGAUGGAUUGUCAUGGCAACAGACCAGACGUCACUAUCUGGGCAUGUGUGUUCCAUUUUUUGUCUCUUUCUUAUUUUCAGACUGCAAGACUUGGAAAGAGAAGAGUGGAAAAAUAUAUAUAUUUCUCCUACAAGAGAAACCUCAAUUUUAAUAUACAAAAAUAAAUUUAUUUUUGCAAAGGGCCUGUAUAAAUUGUCUUUUCGAAACAGUGAAGAGCGAAGAGUGGCAUUUGGAGGGUUAACUUUCUGUUAAUUCUCUGGCUAGAGGUUUUGAGGUAUGAGAUAAAGAUGCCGGGGUCGCUAAGCAAUGAAGACGAGGCACAGGACGAAAUGGAUUUUGAAGACGAAAUACCAGAUGAGGACGAGAAAGGGGGGCGCGGCCCCGUGCCCCUGGCGGCGCUGGACAGCUUCUUCUCGGACGACGCCGACUCCCUCAAACAGCAGAAGAAGAAGAAACCCAAAAAGAUGAAAGAAGGGAAGAUGACCAAAGUGAAGAAGCGGAAAAAGGAGGCAGGGCUCCAGGGCCUGGGCCCUGUAGGGGGCGGAGCCUGCAGCGACCAGGAAGAGGCCUCGGAGAGGGAGGAGGAGGAGCGGCUGGAGGGGGGCUCGGAGAGCGAGAGCAGCAGCUACGCCCCCACCAAGAAGAAGAAGAAGAAACCCAGGGAGAAGAAAGAGAAGAAGCCCAAACGGAAGAAGAGAGAAGAGGAGGAGGACGAUGAUGACGAUGAUGACGGGAACCUGAAAGAGCCCAAGUUGUCGUGCCAGCUGAUGGAGGAGUGGGGUCUGGAGGAUGUCCAGCACGCCUUCACAGAGCAGGACUACCGCACCCUCACCAACUACAAGGCCUUCAGCCAGUUCCUCAGGCCGCUGAUAGCCAAGAAGAACCCCAAGAUCCCCAUGUCUAAGAUGAUGACCGUGCUGGGCGCCAAGUGGCGGGAGUUCAGCGCCAACAACCCUUUCAAAGGCUCCUCUGCCACCGCUGUGGCCGCCGCUGUGGCCGCCGCCGUGGAAACCGUCACCGUGGCCCCGCCCAUCACUGUCAGCCAACCGAGCUCCCAGCCAGGGCCAAUCAGAAAAGCCAAAACCAAAGAGGGGAAGGGUCCAGGAGUGAGGAAGAGGAACAAGACGGUGAAGGAGGGGAAGAAGAAGCCCAAACCCAAGAAGACCAAGUCCAAGUCAGGCCAGAGUGGCAAGAAGAAGAAGGCCUCCUCCAGUGAGGAGGACUUCCUGGAGGAGUCUGACUUUGAUGACAUCAGCAUCCACAGUGCCUGCGUGCUGUCUGACACCUCGACAGCAGCCAAGAAGAAGGCGGCCCGCAAGGGGCGCAAGAAGAGGAAACGGGAGGAUGGGGAUGGCUAUGAGACAGACCACCAGGACUACUGCGAGGUGUGUACGCAGGGCGGGGAGAUCAUCCUGUGUGACACCUGCCCCAGGGCCUACCACCUGGUGUGUCUGGAGCCUGAGCUGGAGAAGGCUCCGGAGGGAACCUGGAGCUGCCCACACUGCGAGAAGGAGGGCAUCCAGUGGGAGGCCAAGGACGAGGAAGAGGAAGAGGAGGAUCCUGCUGGAGAGGAAGAGGAUGACCACAUGGAAUUCUGCCGAGUGUGCAAGGACGGCGGAGAGCUACUCUGCUGUGACACCUGCCCGUCGUCCUAUCACAUCCACUGCCUGAACCCGCCCCUCCCUGAAAUACCCAAUGGGGAGUGGCUCUGCCCACGCUGCAUGUGCCCCCCUCUGAAAGGGAAGGUCCAGAGAAUUCUCCACUGGACGUGGGGGGACCCCCCCUUGCCGGCGGAGGUGCCCUGCGGCCCUGAUGGGGAGGCCGUCGACCCCCUGGCCAGACCCCCCCUGAAGGGACACCCAGAGAGGGAGCUGUUCGUCAAGUGGGCUGGGCUGUCUUACUGGCACUGCUCCUGGGUCAACGAGCUGCAGCUGGAGCUGUACCACACGGUGAUGUACCGGAACUACCAGAGGAAGAACGAUAUGGACGAGCCCCCGCCCUAUGACUACGGGUCCGGGGAGGAGGAGCUGAACAACGAGAAGAGGAAGAGCAAAGACCCGCAGUACGCCAUCAUGGAAGAGAGGUUCUACCGCUACGGGAUCAAGCCAGAGUGGAUGGUCAUCCACAGGGUGAUCAAUCACAGUUUUGAUAAGGAUGGGGAUGUGCACUACCUGAUCAAGUGGAGGGACCUGCCUUAUGACCAGUGCACCUGGGAGGUGGACGACUUUGACGUCCCAGAGUACGACAGCCACAAGCAAGCCUACUGGGACCACAGGGAGCAGAUUCUUGGUGAGGAUCUUCGCCCCCUGGUGGUGAGGAAAGGAAAGCGAGCCAAAGAGGAGCACCCCAAGAGAGAGAUCCCCCCUGACGCUCCCAUCAUCGAUCCCACCAUCAAGUUUGAGCACCAGCCGUGGUACAUCAAUGCCACGGGGGGAACCCUGCACCCCUACCAGCUGGAGGGGCUGAACUGGCUGAGGUUCUCCUGGGCUCAGGGCACCGACACCAUCCUGGCAGACGAGAUGGGCCUGGGCAAGACCGUCCAGACCAUCGUCUUCCUCUACUCUCUCUACAAGGAGGGCCACUCCAAGGGGCCAUACCUGGUGAGCGCCCCCCUCUCCACCAUCAUCAACUGGGAGCGGGAGUUUGAAAUGUGGGCUCCGGACUUCCACGUGGUCACCUACACCGGUGACAAGGACAGCAGGGCGGUCAUCAGGGAGAACGAGUUCACCUUUGAGGACUCGGCGGUCAAGACCGGACGCAAAGUGUUCCGCAUGAAGAAAGACACGGCCAUCAAGUUCCACGUGCUGCUGACGUCCUACGAGCUGAUCACCAUCGACCAGGCCAUCCUGGGCUCCAUCAGCUGGGCCUGCCUGGUGGUGGAUGAGGCCCACCGCCUCAAGAACAACCAGUCCAAGUUCUUCAGGAUCCUGAAUGGGUAUAAGAUCUACUACAAGCUGCUGCUGACUGGAACGCCUCUGCAGAACAAUCUGGAGGAGCUGUUCCACCUGCUCAACUUCCUCACCCCAGAGAGGUUCAAUAACCUGGAUGGCUUCCUAGAGGAGUUUGCGGACAUCUCCAAGGAGGACCAGAUCAAGAAGCUCCACGACCUGCUGGGGCCUCACAUGCUGAGGAGGCUGAAGGUGGACGUGUUCAAGAACAUGCCGGCCAAGACCGAGCUCAUUGUCAGGGUGGAGCUCAGCCCCAUGCAGAAGAAGUACUACAAGUUCAUACUGACGCGGAACUUUGAAGCCCUCAACUCCAAGGGAGGGGGGAACCAGGUGUCUCUGCUCAACAUCAUGAUGGACCUCAAGAAGUGCUGCAACCACCCCUACCUGUUCCCUGUGGCUGCUGUGGAAGCUCCAGUGCUGUCCAAUGGCUCCUAUGAUGGGAACAUGCUGGUCAAGUCCUCAGGCAAACUGACCCUCCUUCAGAAGAUGCUGAGGAAACUCAAAGAUGAAGGCCACAGAGUCCUUAUCUUCUCCCAGAUGACCAAGAUGCUGGACCUUCUGGAGGACUUCCUGGAGCACGAGGGUUACAAGUAUGAACGCAUCGAUGGAGGGAUCACUGGAGGCCUGAGACAGGAGGCUAUAGACCGCUUCAAUGCGCCAGGUGCCCAGCAGUUCUGCUUCCUGCUGUCCACACGAGCUGGAGGGUUGGGCAUAAACCUGGCAACCGCAGACACCGUCGUCAUCUACGACUCCGACUGGAACCCUCACAAUGACAUCCAGGCGUUCAGCAGGGCUCACCGUAUCGGCCAGAAUAGGAAGGUGAUGAUCUACCGCUUUGUGACGCGCGCCAGCGUGGAGGAGAGGAUCACCCAGGUGGCCAAGAGGAAGAUGAUGCUGACCCACCUGGUGGUGAGGCCAGGCCUGGGCUCCAAGACCGGAUCCAUGUCCAAGCAGGAGCUGGACGACAUCCUCAAGUUUGGAACUGAGGAGCUGUUCAAGGACGAGAUGGAGGCUGCCAGGGCCAUGGGCAGGCACCCUAUGAGCGACAUCAAGGACGGCGAGGAAGGCAGUGUGAUCCACUACGACGACAACGCCAUCUCCAAGCUCCUGGACCGCAGCCAGGACGCCACGGAGGACACGGAGAUCCAGAACAUGAACGAGUACCUCAGCUCCUUCAAGGUGGCCCAGUACGUGGUCAAAGACGAGGAGGAGGGGGAGGAGGAGGUGCAGCGGGAGAUCAUCAAGCAGGAGGAGAACGUGGACCCAGACUACUGGGAGAAGCUCCUGCGGCACCACUACGAGCAGCAGCAGGAGGACCUGGCCCGCAACCUGGGCAAGGGCAAGAGGAUCCGCAAGCAGGUCAACUACAACGACACCACCCAGGAGGACCAAGAGUGGCAGGAUGAUCUUUCAGACAAUCAGUCCGAGUACUCCGUGGGCUCCGAGGACGAGGAUGAAGACUUCGAGGAGAGGCCUGAAGGGGGCCGCAGGCAGUCACGCAGGCAGCUGAAGAGCGAAAGGGACAAGCCUCUACCGCCCUUACUGGCGCGCGUGGGAGGCAACAUCGAGGUGCUGGGCUUCAACGCUCGUCAGAGGAAGGCUUUCCUCAACGCCAUCAUGCGCUGGGGCAUGCCCCCUCAGGAUGCCUUCAACUCCCACUGGCUGGUCCGGGACCUGCGGGGGAAGAGUGAGAAGGAGUUCAGGGCCUAUGUAUCUCUGUUCAUGAGGCAUCUGUGUGAGCCGGGGGCCGAUGGCGCCGAGACGUUUGCCGACGGUGUCCCGAGGGAGGGGCUGUCUCGCCAGCACGUCCUCACCAGGAUCGGAGUCAUGUCCCUGGUCAGGAAGAAGGUGCAGGAGUUUGAGCAUGUGAAUGGGAAGCUGAGUACUCCAGACCUGAUUCCUCUGGGUCUGGAGCUGAAGAAACUAACCGAGAGCCUUUCGUCUGAACCCAGCACCCCCCAGCCUGGCACCCCUGCUGCCACCCCUGCUGCCACCCCCCAGCCCGGCACCCCCGUGCCACCAGAGAAGACAGAGUCUACCUCUGGGUCUGCAGAGGACAAGGACACCCCAGAACCUGACAGCAAGAAAGCCACUGAGACAGAGGUAUGUGUUGUAGAAUCUUCCGGUGGGACGGAGAAGGCCCCCGACAGCGAUGACCCAAAGCCUAGCCCCGAGGACCAAUCAGCAGAGGACAAGGAGAGGACAGACACGCCCUCCUCUACACCCAUAGACACACCCGCCAAUCCUAAAGAGUCCCCGUUCAAACCUGCAGAGCCUUCGUCCAAUCAAACCUCACCUAAAGCUGACACCUGUAAGGAGCCAGAGAAGAUCUCAGAGAAGGGAGGGGACCGCGAGCCUCCCCAGUCCAAACCCAAGGAGAAGGAGCCCAAGCCAGGGUCGGAGGAGGUGAAGAGCGAGGACCCCCACGAGGGCCGUGUGAACGGAGAGAAGGAGGCGCAGGAGGAGGUGGAGGAGGGGGUCCGAACAGAGGAGAAGAACGGCUGUAAGGCCCGGUUCAUGUUCAACAUCGCAGAUGGGGGUUUCACAGAGCUUCACACCCUAUGGCAAACCGAAGAGAAAGCAGCGCUGUCGUCAGGGAAGAUGUACGACAUCUGGCACCGUCGCCACGACUACUGGCUACUGGCCGGCAUUGUCACUCAUGGUUACGCCCGCUGGCAGGACAUCCAGAAUGACCCACGUUAUGCCAUCCUCAACGAGCCCUUCAAGACGGAGAUGCACAAAGGCAACUACCUGGAGAUGAAGAACAAGUUCCUGGCACGACGCUUCAAGCUCCUGGAGCAGGCCCUGGUGAUCGAGGAGCAGCUUCGCAGGGCGGCCUACCUCAACAUGACCCAGGACCCCUCCCACCCGGCCUGGCCCUCAAACACGCGCUUCGCUGAGGUGGAGUGUCUGGCCGAGUCCCACCAGCACCUGUCCAAGGAGUCCCUGGCCGGGAACAAACCCGCCAACGCAGUGCUGCACAAAGUUCUGAACCAGCUGGAGGAGCUGCUGAGCGACAUGAAGGCGGACGUGACGCGCCUGCCCAACAUGCUGUCCAAUCCUCCGGUAUCGGCCCGACUGCAGAUGUCUGAGAGGAGCAUCCUCAGUCGCCUCACCAGCCGGGGCAACGAGCCCCCGCCACAACAGCCUUUCCCUCAGGGCUCCUAUGGUUGUUCCCAGAUGUACAGCAGCAGUUUUGGGGUGGGUUUAGAGGGCCAGGGAGGAGCCAUGGUCAACUACAGCCAGAUGCCGUUGGGCCCUUACGUCAGCGUGUCCAACGGGCCUCCGCCCCCUUCCAGCCACCUGGACAAAAAGUCAGCUGACUCACUAAGGGACGUGGCCACGCCUGACCAGAAGGCCGCCAAGCCCAGUGAUGUCAUCUGCAUCGAGGACUAGGCCACACCUCAUCAGGCGCUCCUGAGAUUGGGACUUUCCAGGGAUGAAGGAGAGCUUCGACCUUUCACCUCCUCUUCCUCCUCCUCCCUCUCUCCCUCACACUCCUCCCUUCCCUUUCUACUUGACAAUGUCGCCAAUCGUCAGUGAACUCUCCAGGAUAGCUCUCUCCUCGAGGCUCUUGAACAGGAGGCUAACUUAGGAAUCAUUUUGCGGACUCUAUCUAGCCGAGUCUAGCAGGCUCUAUCAAUCUAUCUCUCUUAUGAAUUGCAAAUUGCACUUUCAUCUUCUACAACGUUCGAUAGUUCAUUGCUUUUCAUUGA